GCGCAGUAUGGCCAAAUUAUAAACUGAAAUCGUUCGAAAAAUGCAGUUCACAUUUCCGUGCAAAAAAAAGCGCUGCCAUAACAGAAAUUUCAAUUUUACUUUAUUACCGAAUUGCCAAAAUGGAAAACUUUAUCGAGGAAGAUUUACUGGACUGUCCGUUGAAAUCACAGACCACGUUCAGGGUAAAUCGCUGUAUGAAAGUGGUUGCUUUGGCAAGGGAAGCAAAUCUCGUGGUGGACCGGCAUCUGGGGACGAUAACGAAACUCUGCUCCUGGGAAUAGAGGAGUCCUGUUUCUUGGCCUACUACUUAAAAAUUUUAGAGAUUAGCAACCCAGCUGGCAGUCUAAUGGACUUUCAGAUGUUUUUGAAGGAAGCAAAACAGAUGAAUGAUAGAUUUUUAGAGAACUUAGCCUGCUAUUUGUAUUUAAAGUCCAAAAAUUGGGUGAUCAAGAGUGGCAUUAAGUUUGGAGGUGACUUUCUUAUCUACAAGCAAAGCCCUCGCUUGUUUCAUGCCAGCUUCUUAGUAAUAGUUCAAGCUCCCACUGAUCUGGAUUACUUUCAAUCAAAGAACUUAAAAGGUGUUCAACGUGUGGCGGAAACUUCUGAUAAGGAUGUGCUGCUGCUAACUGUCCAACGAGAGACUAUUAUAUCCAAUCCUGAAGACAUUCAGGAAACCACAGUAACAGAGACAAUCGUGCGUCGUUUUAAUUACUUAACUUUUGUACAAAGCAAACAACAAUAAGGAACUAUUUGAGGAUUCUA